AUGACAGUAACUACGAACAAUAUCAAGAAGAAGAAGGGUGCAAACACAACAAAGAAGAGUCCGCCAUUAUGCCCUGAUUGUGGCAGCGUGCUCCAGAAGUGUCUGAUACAGCAAAACUAUGCGAUGGUGAUAUGUCCCGACGAGAAGUGUGGGUACCCUUUCAACCAGCGACGGGUGCAGGAGAAUCUGGUGUAUGUGGAUGAUUCUGAAGUGAUUCCUGUGGCUAAGCAGCGGUUGAGUGAUCGAGAGUGA